UUCUCACUCCACUUCAAUUUACUCUUUCGUAAUGACGUAUUGUAGAAGAAAAAGAAUUGCGGACAAAGUGAUGGAUGAAGAUGAAAUCAAAGAAGAAUCAUGUACACUGCUGGAGUUAGCCACUCAAACAAUGGACAUAGAUUCAGCAAUUGAAUGGAUGGCAAAACGGAGACUCUUAAGUAACUCUGUCAACUGUGGUACGUGUGGCGAACCGUGUACACUUAUUACUCUGACGAAGAAACUCGACAAGAAGAUUUGGAACUGUCGCCGGCACAAUUUUACCCAAUCCAUUCGAAAAGGGUCUUUUUUUGAAAGAAGUCGCAUGUCGUUACUGGACCUUCUUCUUUUAAUUAACAUGUGGGUUGAGGACUACCAGCAGAAAGAAAUGAUGGAGCAACUCCAUGUGAAUAAGAACACAAUUGUAGACUGGUGUAAUUUUCUGCGAGAAGUAGUGGAAUGGGAUCUCCAGAAAUCACCCACAGUACUUGGAGGUGUGGGCGAGGACGGUACUCCCAUUGUGGUAGAGCUGGGUGAAUCGAAAUUUCUAAACAGCAGAUACCACAAGGGCCAGUGGAGGGCUGGUCACUGGGUGUUUGGUGCGAUUGAACGCCGGAGUGGUAAGUGCUGUAUGGUUGAAGUCCCCAACAGAAAACAGCAAACGUUGGAGCCUAUCAUCCGACAAUGGAUCCUUCCGGGUAGCCGCAUCAUUGCUGAUGCAUGGGUAUCUUUCGAUCUGCUGAAAGAUAUCGAUUUUAGAUUGUACUCGAACGACUCUGUGGUGCACGAACGGGAUAUCGUGAACCAAAACGAUCCGAAUGUACACGCACAGAUUAUCGAGAAUACAUGGAUGCGAGCGAAAAGAAAAUUAAAAAAGCAAUGCGGCACCAGUGAUGCAUUAUUUUCGUCGUAUCUCCACGAAUUUUUGUGGAAAAAUAAGGUGAAAAAGAAACCUUUUGGCCACUUGUUAAUGACCAUAAGUAGAUUGUAUCCUGUCUAGUAAGUGUAAUAUUUAAUUAAUGCAAAUGGUCACAUUUAAUUUAUGCAGUGCAAUUAUGUAAAUAACAAUUUGUAAUAAUGUUAAGUUAGCCAUGCAUGCUGCAUUCUUUCGAUGUAAACAGAACUGGACAUUUCUACUGGUCACACGUCAGACAUACAUCUCCCAUGGCUGUAGUGUCAACGAGAGCAUCUGUUCAGUAUAUCUGGACUCGCUGGAAAUAACAGAAAACUCUCCUUCAAAUCACAUACUACUGUCUUCAGGGAAAGGGACAAAUUGGACAAUGUUAUCCUAUAAAAAAGAAAGAAAGAAAACUAAUCAAUGCUGGAAUGUCAUUGAUGAUCAUAGCUUUACCUCAUGACGGCUGACCUAGGGCUAAACAACAGUUGAACCACAUCCAUGACAGGUCAUGCAACCAAAUAUCAAGGUCUGUCAAUGACUGGCUUGUUCUCCAAUACUAAAUAAAGAACAUCAGGAAUUAUUUUGAAGAAUUUUUUCAUCCAAGAUAUGUCAUGGAAGUUGUUGUUUGAAGAAUACAGAUAAAUUAUAUAUAAGAAUAGCUGUGAUAUUAUUUGCUAAUCCUUGGUUAAAAUGUAAAACACGACUUCUGAAUUACAAUUUACAGUCAGAAAAAAAAAAGGUAAAACAAGUAGCUACCAUCAAAUGUCAGUUAGUCAACUUUUCAAGUUAACUAAUUAGCUUCAGAUGGAUUUUAUAUCAGCUCUUUCAUAUCAGUUAUCUGGAGGUGUAGAACUGUUUUAGUGUAUUACUGUGAAAAUGUGCCCACAAGGAUUAGGAAAGUAAAAACAUGAUAAUUUUGUUUUUGUGAUAAAAUAGAGCAUAAUGGAAGAAGAAUCAUAUGAGAGACAGCAUCUUGGUGAACAAUAAUGAAUUCUCCCAGGAGACAGGAAGGGAUAAAAAAUAUAUCCUAAUCCAGUAACAUUUUUACAACAAAAAAUAAUUUAAAUCAACAUAAAUUACUUCACUCUGGGUCAAAGUUUUAUCAAUGUAAAGAAUUUAGCAAAAAUUUUACAAGAAACAGUCCUUUAUAUCAUCACCAACUUAACACA